AUGGCCGCUGCUGAUCUCGUUAUCAACAACAUUGCCAGGGACACUGAUGAAGAAACCCUUAUGCAAGUAUUUUCGGAGUAUGGUGAGGUUCUGAACACCAUUGUUAUGCGCGAUAGAGAUACUGGCAAGUCUUGCCACUUCGGGUUUGUGACUUUCAGUACCGCCGAGGAAGCUGAGAUGGCAAGGACCCGUAUGCAUAACCAGGAACUUGACGGUCGCCGAGUCAGGGUGUCAUAUGGCAAUAUACGACGAUGA